AUGUCUCAAGAAAAAGAUAUGGAACCGCUUGCUGAACAAUUUCAUGAAGCAAAAUUACUACGUUCCUUAGAUUUCGAGAUCGCAAACUUUACUGGUAGCAACAGUCUUAAAUCUUAUACAAUUAGUAUGAAAAUCUACGACGAUCCAACCAGGAGAGUUUGGAAUGUAGAAAUUUAUAAAUUUGUGCUUGAUAAAAGAUAA